CACGCCCCCCAGUUGCUGGGCUCCUUUGAUGUGGAGGCGGAGGGUGCACUUUCGGGUCCUCCCCUUCUCUCGGCCGAGGGCUGGCACUUGCGAACGUCACGGCGAGCGGGCAGUGCGGCCGAGGCGGCGGAACUUGCGGGCGCGAUGGCUCUGCUGACGGACAUGCUCCUGCUGCUAUCGGCGGCCGCAGCUGCCCUGGGAUCUGUGGAGGUCUCUCUCCCGGAACAGGUGAACGCGGAGGUGAUGCACAGCGUGACCAUCCCCUGUACGCACACCAUCACCGGUUCCCACGGCAACAUCAUGGUGGAGUGGUUUAUGCUGAACAAGAACAGCAAUCGGGAGCGUAUUGCCUACAAGGACCAGACGAGCAGCAUAGUGGAUCCCAACACAGAACUCACGGACAGGGUAUCGGUGGAUGCAGACUACAGCCUGACCAUCAGCCCUGUUCAGUUGCAGGAUGAACGAUCGUUCCUCUGUCAGGUCAUCGCUGGGGCCGCAGGCAGUCAUGAGGGCAAGACUGACCUGAAGGUGUACGAUUCCCCGGAACGGCCGGAGGUGACAGCAAACCCUGCCAUCUUGUCAGUGAUGGCACCUCUCCUGUCAGAGAUCGGAAGCUGCACCAGUCGGAAUGGAUACCCUGCACCCUCACUCAUCUGGUAUAAGGAUGGAUCAGCCCUUAACACUGUUACCACCCACAACCAGGAGAUGUACAUGACGCCCCGGGUGGUGAAGGAAGCCAGUGGCCUGUACACAGUCAGCAGCCGCCUGUAUCUGCGACUACACCGUGACGACAGGCACUCACAGUUCCACUGUAGGGUCCAGUACCUGACUGCUGCGGGGAACACCCUGUGGCUCGACUCGGACCCCUUCAACAUCUCCCUGCAUUACCACACCGAACACGUGACCUUUAACCUUGACUCGGACACUGACAUCAAGGAGGGAGAUGAUGUACGGAUGCGAUGCACGGCAGACGGAUUCCCUCAGCCUGAGUACAUCCUGUACAGAGUGGUGGGUGAUGAGGAGCACGAAAUCCUUACCAGUAAAGACGGGCUGUUGAUUUUGAAGGAUGUGUCGAGGAAUGACAGUGGUACCUACCGCUGUGAGGCGUUGGACUUUGAUGCUCCGCCAGAUGUGCUGAAGAAGGACAUCUCCAUCUUUGUACACUACCUGCAGCCUCCAGUACUGAACAGCAAAAGUCCCCUCAUUGUCCACCUGGGACAGGAUGUCGAGGUCUCCUGUUCCUCACGGGGCUCAGACACACCCAAGAUCAUUUGGAGGAAGGGCAAAGACCACCUCUCACACUCCGGGACCCUCAGCCUCAGAAAAGUGGGCUACAAGUCAAGUGGGACAUACAUGUGUGAGGCGAGUGUGCCUUCCAUCCGCGGGCUAGUCACAACACGGCAACUGAAGAUUCUCGUUGAAGGGAGACCCUCCAUGGAGACAACACCAUUGAAGGUGACGGUGCAGAAGGAAGGUGAGCGCAUCAUCCUCACCUGCUCCUCCUCGGGCCACCCCAGCCCCAAGAUCACUUGGAGUAUCGAUAAACAGCCGAUGGUGAGCUCCUUGGAUCAGAUGGUGGUCAGUAAGGUCUCUCUGCCUGUCAGUUCGAUACUAGCCCAGACCGGUGUGUUCUGUAAUGCCAGCAACAAGCAUGGAUGGAGCCAACGGCAUUUCCAGCUAUCCAUUGUUCCUCCCACCAGCAAGGCCCCCAUAUCAUCUGGAGGGAGCCAGGAGCAGGGGGCAGGAGGAGGUGUGGUGGUGAUCGUGGUCGUGGUCUGCGUGGUUCUGCUCCUGCUGGUGGUCGGCCUGCUCUACUGCCUGCACAGGAAGGGUAAACUGCGCUGUGGCGGCUCCGAGAAAACAGACACGGUUCACACAGAGGUCAGGAAUGAUGACAUCGUGGUGGAGAUGAAGACGGGCCAAUCAGCAGAGACCUCUGGGCUCCUGGGCGUUAACACAGAGAGGAGGCCCGGACCAGACAGGCGCUAGGUCUGGACCUGCUAACAGACCCAGGAGGAGCAUGGAGGAACUACAGACACAAGGGAUGAGGGAGAGAGUGAUUCUGUGGUAAGGGACCAGGCCUGUCUCCGCCCACCACUCUCUCACCAGAUGGACACCUUCCUAACACUGUCUUCUGUCAAAGCAGAGCCAGUCGAACUCCUUACCACAAACACUGGGCUGCGAGACUCUCCUCACUCUGACCCAACCCCAACGCAACUCAAGGCUGCAGCUCAGUCUAUGCUCCACACUGGACAUUAAGGGUCUGCCCACUGCUCCCCUCUACAGUUCGACCCUCAUGGGCACACACUGGCCAAAUGGGAUGCUGCAGAGGAUACCGCACUCUGUGACCCAGAAGUGUGUGAUGGGACAGUAUGCAGGGAGUUUCACUCUGUGUCUGACCCUGGGAGUGUGUGAUGGGAUGCUGUGAAGGGAACUUUAUUUUGCAUCUGACCCCAGGAGUGUGUGAUGGGACAGUGCAGAGGGAGCUUCACUCCAUGUCUGACCCCCAGGAGUGUGUGAUGGGACAGUGUAGAAGGAGCUUCACUCUGUGUUUGACCCUGCGAGUGUGUGAUGGGACAGUGCAGAGGGAGCUUCACUCUGUGUCUGACCCUGGGAGUGUGUGAUGGGACAGUGCAGAGGGAGCUUCACUCUGUGCCUGACUCCGGGAGUGUGUGAUGGGACGGUGCAGAGGGAGCUUCACUCUGUGUCUGACCCUGGGAGUGUGUGAUGGGACGGUGUGGAGGGAGCUUCACUCUGUGUCUGACUCCGGGAGUGUGUGAUGGGACGGUGCAGAGGGAGCUUCGUUCUGUCCGGCCCCGGGAGUGUGUGAUGGGAUGGUUCAGCGAGAGCUUACCCCUAUGACAGUGUGUUAACCAAUUAGAGUAUAUCCCUACUCUCAAACCUGUGCCUCUUGUUGAUUGGAGGAAGUCCUACCUGUACAGGAUAUAACCAUGUUGGUGCCCAAUUCCUCAGCGCCCAGAGUUUGUGAUGAUGAGAUCUGACUGCCAUCUUUCCACUGUUUGUGCUUGAUGUUUUUUUUAACGAGAGGGGACCCAGAUAGGGUUUUGAUUGCCUCACCUUCCCACUCCUUUCAUACUCAUUUCCUCAGUUCUGUGUCACACCCUGUGCCAGAGAGGUCAAUGGGGUUCUCCCAUCUGGACACCUCGCCAUACCUCAGCCUGCACUGACCACUGUGGGACUGUCUGUGCAGCUCAGUAACCCCGGCCUGACAAGCGGUCAAUUCCGUCCACAACCUUGAUUCCCACCUCCCUCACUUUCUCACCCCAUGGUCAUAAUACCCAUCCUGUAUGGUCCACUACCAAAUCUCUCCACUUCCUAACACCCCUCUCCCUCUCCAACACUCCCAUCCCCUUCCCUUUCUCCCCAACACCCAUCUCUUCCAUUCCCUCUUCUGUUCCCUUCUGUCCCUUCCUCCCCUCCUCCUCUCCCUUCCUGCCUCUCGCUCUCCUUCAGUGGGACUGUAUAUGCAUCGUGGGUGUUCAGCAGACACAGUGGAUCUCCCAUCCAAUUUAUCACCACUCCUGCCCCUCCCUCCCCUGCUUCCCCAGCACCUUCCCCUACCCAAACUCCUCCCUUCCUGCCUGCCUGACCCCUCGUCCUACCCCCACCAUCAAACCACCAUUGACUGGGGCUUUGAACCCAUCUGGUAUCCUCUCUCAGCCUGUGUCGUGCUCUGUAUAUACUGUGUGUUGUGUAGAGUUGGGUUGUGUAAUAGACAUUGGUGUAACAAACAUCAAAGUAACAGACGUUGCUGUACCAGACAUUGGUGUAACAGAAUCUAUUAACAGACACUGGUGUAACAGA